CCAUCACAUUCAUUCAUUUCUUCAGCUGCACAAGAAGUAUCAAAAACAAGUCACAGAAACAGAAAACAAAAAUAUCAAACACCUUUGUUCACUGAUCUUGUGCCCUAAUUUGUUCAGCAAAACACUGGUUAAUUUGAUCCUUAUAUCCAAGCUCAUCAACAAAGGCACUGUGUUUUCUUAUCAGCCAUGGUGAAGACAGAGCAGAGGGUUCAGCUCACAGAGACAUCAAAGCCAAUGCCAUCAUCCAGAACAUCAUCAACAUCAGCAUCUUCAUCAGCUUGCAAGAAGAAGAAGUACAAGGGAGUGAGAAUGAGGAGCUGGGGUUCAUGGGUUUCAGAGAUUAGAGCCCCAAAUCAGAAGACAAGAAUAUGGUUGGGUUCAUAUUCUACAGCAGAGGCAGCAGCCAGAGCCUAUGAUGCUGCCCUCUUGUGCCUCAAGGGAUCCUCAGCCAACCUCAACUUCCCCUCCACGGCCUCCUCUCAUUUUAUCCCUCAAGAAAUUACCAUUAUGUCCCCCAAGUCCAUCCAGAGAGUGGCUGCAGCUGCUGCCAAUAGUUUUGCCAUUGAUAAUGCCACCACCCCAACCACCACAAAUAUUGCCUCCCCACCAUCACCCCCUCCUCAAUCUUCUUCAUCUUCAUCCUUGGUCUCCUCCCCAUCAAUGUCUUCGUCCCCGUCCAAUAAUCUCCUAGACGACGACAUGUCAUCACUGAUGGGGUCAUUUGAGCCCUACACUCCUACUUAUGAUCAUCCCCAUCAGGCAAUUGAUCAAUUACCAAUGUCUAGCAUGGAACCAUGGAACAACUUUGAUGAUGGCCUACAAUCCCCAAAAUACAUUGACCAGAUGUUCAAUGGCACCUUCUUCGAUCCACCCAUGAUUUAUGACUUUUAUGAGGAAAGUGAUAUUCCCUUGUGGAGCUUCUGCUGAUGCACCCAAUUCAUAUUAUUCUUUUUUAAUCCAAUUCAAAUUCAUUCAUGAUCUUCGAAGCCAUUUGCUCGGAGAUUUUACUGACAGUGACACAAAUUUUACAUUCUAUAAUAUGAGUGAGUGAGAUAGGUGAAGAAAUUCCCAAGGGAGAUUGAGACA